CGACUAAUAAUAAAGCAAAUUACUGUUUUUAUAACCGAGGGUGUUUAGCCAAUUACGUUACUAUUAGCUGGCUAAUCAUUCGCUUUACCACCUAGCCGUAGACUUUGUACUGUUACCUAACCUACCUGCUAAGUGAACAAAGUGGUGAAGGCUGAUUCUGUCUCAGGCAGUGACAUGGCCAACCCUCUGAGGAGAGAGGUUAGACAGCUGUACAAGAAUCUACUGUAUCUGGGACGGGAAUACCCCCAAGGAGCAGACUACUUCAGGGAGCGUCUGAACAGUGCCUUUGUGAAGAACAAAUAUGUCACAGACCCCAAGGAGAUCAGAAAGCUUGUUGAUUGUGGAGAGGAUGUGAUUAAGGAACUGGGGACCCUGUACUAUCUGAAGGAAUAUAGCGCCAUGAAAAAGCGUUUCUACGAAGAAGAAUUGUUAGGCCUGCUGAAUAUAGGCAGACCGACAGACUGAUAGCCUAGAUGUUUGGCAGCUGAAUCUUCAGUAUGCGGGUGGACCAGUAACCGGAAGGUUGCAAGUUCAAACCCCCGAGCUGACAAGGUACAAAUCUGUCGUUCUGCCCCUGAACAGGCAGUUAACCCACUGUUCCUAGGCCGUCAUUGAAAAUAAGAAUUUGUUCUUAACUGACUUGCCUAGUUAAAUAAAGGUAAAAUUAAAAAAAAUAGAGAACAUUUUGGGUAGUGUAACUUGGUCCCCCAAAAAUAUUGUUUUCACCUCAUUUUAACAUUCUGUCAUAAAGUGCACAUGUCCAACUUUCUAAAAACAUUUGUUUCCAUGUCAAGGGCUUAAAUAAAACUAAUGACUAGUAAGUGCCAUUAAAGAACAGGGUUGAUGUAA